UUACAGUAUAAAGUAAAAACUAGACCACCUCUCUUGGCUCUCUUCGUCUCUCACUCCCCGUCCCAGCAAAUCGCAAUCCAGCCAACAGCUGCGCCAUUUCUUUGCGGAGUGCGCUGUCAGUGCCUCUGUGUCACACGCCCUCCGUCGCCGGCAGCCAGAAUACCAGGUUUUGGAUUUGCAUUUGAAUAGUUAAAGUACCAAUUGAGCCUUUUAAACUUAUUAGCUAGAGAUGUCUGUUACAGCAGGUGUGAGUGAUACUGUAAUUGCAGUUAGGGAGAAGCUUAGGGGUAAAAUUGGGCAGACAAAAGUGAAAAGAUAUUGGCCUGGUAAAGCUCCUGAAUGGGCAGAUGAAGCUGAAGAAGAUGGGGAUAUUAGGACAACCAGAGCAGCUGCCCUGGAAAAGGCCUUUCCUAGCCAGGAUGGGUCAGAUGUUGGAAGAAGGGAUGAUCCCAGGUUGCGUCGGUUGGCAGAGAGUAGGAUAGAUAAUCGUGAGGAAGUGAGGGCUGAUCACAGACGCAUCCGUCAAGCUGAAAUUGUCUCAACCAUCGAAGAGGAAAACAAACGACUGGAAAGGAUAGACGAGGAGGAGGAGGAUGAGGAUGCCCUUGACGAGAAGAGGAGGAGAAUCAGAGAAAAGUUGCUCCAGAGAGAGCAAGAGGAGGCUCUCCCGGCAGAAGAGGAAGAGGAGGCAGAAGAGGAGGAGGAAGAAGAAUCAGAAUAUGAGACUGAAUCAGAAGAAGAGACCACUGGGAUAGCAAUGGUGAAGCCUGUGUUUGUCACCAAGUCUGAGAGGGAUACCAUAGCUGAGCGUGAGAGGCUUGAGGCUGAAGAACAAGCACUUGAAGAGUUGAUGAAGAAGAGAUUAGAAGAGAGGAAAGUUGAGACAAAGCAACUUGUAGUUGAGAAGAUUCGAGAGGAAGAAGAGAUUCAGAAGAAUUUGGAUACAGAGGCUAAUAUUGCUGACGUAGAUACUGAUGAUGAGAUGAAUGAGGCAGAGGAAUAUGAAGCUUGGAAGGCCAGAGAAAUUGCCAGGAUCAAGAGGGAGAGAGAAGAUAGAGAUGCAAUUCUGAAGGAGAAGGAAGAAAUAGAGAAGUUGAGGAACAUGACUGAAGAAGAGAGAAAGGAAUGGGAGAGGAGAAACCCCAAAACUGGUUCAGCAUCCAAGCAAAAGUGGAAGUUCAUGCAGAAAUACUACCACAAGGGUGCAUUCUUCCAGUCAAAUGCUGAUGAAAGGGCUGGAACUGCUGAGGCAGAUAAUAUUUACAGUCGUGAUUUCUCUGCACCAACUGGAGAAGAUAAGUUGGAUAAGACCAUAUUGCCCAAAGUCAUGCAGGUCAAGCACUUUGGUCGUAGUGGAAGGACGAAAUGGACACACCUUGUCAAUGAAGACACAACUGAUUGGAACAACCCGUGGACAUACAAUGAUACUCUUCGGGCAAAGUAUAAUGCAAAAAUGGCUGCUGUAAACGCACCUAUUGCAAAGCCCAAGGGAAAGAAGCUGAAGGAUUGGGAAACUCGAUGAGUUCUCACUGUUUUAUGCAGUAACAGGACUUCCGGAAACAGAACCUGAAGAAAUGGGAUAUUCAACAAGUUUUCAAUGAUCACAUAGAAGAAACUGUCAAGGAAGUGGAAUGUGAUAUUUUACUUGAUGUUGAUAUGUAGGCUGCUAAAUCUUAUUCAUUUACUAACUACUAAGGUAAAUCUGAUAUGUGGCUGUGAUCGUCUUGCAUUGCAGGGGGCGGGAACUGGCCAACUGGGUACAUUCUGAAGAUGAAGUACUAAAAGCACUCUGGUAUGGCUAAAGCAUUUUGAGAAUGCUGUUGUUGGAUUCAACAAGAUUGUUUACUAAAACUUUUGGGGCCCUUUUGUAGUUGUAAUUUGAGUUUAACGGCAUGUUUAUGGAAUAGGCCUAUUCUGUCAACAUUUGCAAGGGGAAUAGUUAUUCCGAAGGAAGACCCUAAUAUUAUACUAUUCUUGAAUUUUCAGGAAUAAUUUAUAUUUACUUAGUACUAAAAGCACUUUGUUUAAAACCUCUUAUUCAUUUCUCUUCAGUUUUUAGGUUAGAUUAGACUUAGAUUUAGAUUCAUUAACAUAUAUUAAAGCUUGUAAUGAAGGAUUUACACUUGAAUGACUUUAUCUUUCAUUUCAAUAGAUAAGCUCUAUUUCCUUUA